UUACCCUCUCCAUCUCUAUUCUCUAGCGUAAUUGAAUUGACCCGAAUUGAUAUUUUAUUUUCCCGUGCCAUACAUGUAGAUGAAGCUGAAUUGGAGUUAAACUUGAAUUCAAGCUUUCUCUGAUUCGCCCAUGGCGAUAACUCCUCAAGCUUUCCCGCCAAGAGAGCGACGACCAUCAUCAAGCUCUUUCAUAUCCCCUAAUUUCUCCGACACCAAACUCCUUCAAUCUCUUCUCUUUCUCUCCCGAGAAAUCUCCCUUCUUAAACCUCUGCAAUUCCUUCUCAAACGUAAUUCCUCUUCUAUAAUCCGAAAAUCCAAGCUUCUCUCCAUCAUAUUCGAAGAAAUUCUCAACCUUCCUCUCUCCUUUCUUUCUCAAUCCACACUUCUCUGUUCCAAAGAGUUAUAUCUCCUUCUACAUAGAACCAAAACCUUAAUCGACGACUGCUCUAAUGGAAGCAAGAUCUGGCUUUUAAUGCAACACGAAUCUGUCUCCCACAAUUUUCAUCAUUUAACAGUUGAAAUCGCGGCUCUGCUUGACGUUUUCCCUUUUAAAGAUUUCGAUUUAAGCGAGGACGUGAAGGAUGUCGUCGUUCUGCUCAAGAACCAGUGCUACAAGGCCAAAGCUUUCAUGGAUCCAAUCCCCGAGAAUCUCAAGCGAGAGGUGUUGAAGAUGAUUGAUCGUAUAGAGAGAGAAAUCGUUCCUAAGCAAUCGAAGCUCGAGAGUAUAUUUGAGAGAUUAGGGUUUUGUGAUUCGAAAAGUUGCAGAGAUGAAAUAGAGCGGCUCGAAGAUGAGAUUCAGGGGGAAGAGAAAUCGAUGGGCCAGAUGGGAGCAUUGGUGGGCCUCGUUCGGUACGGUAAGUGUGUUCUCUACGGUGCUUCGUCGCCGAAGAGAAGCAGUAGAUCACCAAGAUCCGACGGUUGUCAUUUCCCUCUACCUACUGACUUUCUAUGUCCGAUCAGCCUCGAAUUGAUGAGUGAUCCAGUGGUUGUCGCCACAGGACAAACCUAUGAUCGGUCUUCUAUCAGCCUCUGGAUUAAUUCUGGACGCAACACGUGUCCCAAAACUGGUCAAGUCCUGGCCCACAAGGGCCUAAUUCCAAAUUGUACGUUGAAGAACUUGAUCGUGUUGUGGUGCCGUGAAAAUAGACUGCCACUUGAAACGGUGGAGAUUGAUAAAUCUGACGGCGUUACUGUUAGCAAAGCUGCGUUGGAGGCAAUGAGGAUGACGGCGUCUUUUCUCGUUAACAAACUCCGUGUUUCGCGGUCAACCGAGAUGGUGGAACGGAUCGUUCACGAGCUGCGGAAUCUUGCGAAAACUGAAUCCGAAAGCCGAGUUUGUAUAGCCGAGUCAGGAGCGAUUCCGUUGCUCGUGGACUACUUAGUUUCAAAUAAUAAAGAGCUGCAAGUUGACGCCGUUACAACGUUACUCAACCUUUCUAUCCUCGAAGCCAAUAAAACGAGGAUUAUGGAAACUGACGGAUUUGUUGACGGCGUCAUUAGAGUGCUGAGAUCAGGUACCACGUGGGAGGCAAAAGGAAAUGCUGCAGCCACUAUAUUCAGCUUGUCCUGUGUACACGUUUACAGGAAGAAGCUAGGAAGAAAGAGACGUGUCGUAAAAGGAUUGGUGGAGCUUGCAAGAGUGGGACCCACAACAUCAAGGCAAGAUGCUUUGGCUGCUCUUUUGAAGUUGGCGGGAGAAAGAGAAUGCAUAGGAAGAUUGUUGGAGGGAGGGGUGCCGGAAAUGGCGGUGGAAAUAAUAGAUGAGUGGCCGGAGGAAGUAGUUACGAUUAUGGCGGCGGUCGCUAAAAGGGGCGGAGCGGCGGCGUUAGCGGCAACGGAUAGGGCUAUUGAAAAGAUAGCGACGGUGUUAAGGGAUGGCCCAGGGAGGGCAAAGGAGAGCGCCGCCGCCGCACUUGUUGCAGUUUGCCGAAGGGGAGGGGAGGAGGUUGUGGCCCAAUUGGCGGUGACACCAAGGAUUCAUAAGGCAAUUUGGGAGCUGAUUGGGACAGGAACAGUUAGAGCACGCCGGAAAGCGGCAAGCCUAUUGCAGAUUCUCCGGCGAUGGGCCGCAGAAACCGAAUACAUUGGUAUUGUCGACGUUUCAACAAGUAUAGCUGAUCUUCUGAUUUAUUAGUUGUGCCCAUUGAGCGGAAGGAUCUGAAGUGUAAAUAAAAAGCUGGGUUGUAUAGGAUACUUGCAAGCUUACAACCUUCUUAGAUGAAAUCCAUGGGGUAAGAGAAUGGCAACAAUGGUGAGAAAUAUAUGAUUGAAAAUUAUGCAGCCAUGGAAACAUGGUCCAACCAAAAAAAUAAAUUGUUGAUUAAUGAAAUAAAAAUUUUAAGGUAA